AUGACGACGAUGGGAAUCAAUGGCUUCGGCCGAAUUGGGCGCCUGGUUUUUCGUGCAGCCGUAGAGAAUCAAAGUGUUACAAUGGUUGCUGUUAAUGAUCCCUUUAUGGACUUGGACUACAUGCAGUAUCUCUUGAAGUAUGACUCCGUCCACAAGAGGUUUAACGGCACCGUCACCACCAAGAAGGAGGGCACUGAGGAGUAUUUGGUCGUCAAUGGUUUAAAAGUGCGGGUCUUCCACGAGAAGGAUCCGGCUCAGAUCCCUUGGGGCAAAGUCGGAGCCAAGUACGUCUGUGAGUCGACCGGCGUGUUCUGCGACAAGGAGAAGGCGUCGAAGCACUUGAAGGGUGGAUGCAUGAAGGUCAUCAUCUCGGCUCCUCCCAAGGACAAUACCCCGAUGUUUGUGAUGGGUGUCAACCAAGAGAAGUACACCAAGGAUUUGGAGGUGGUCUCCAAUGCCUCUUGCACCACCAACUGCCUUGCUCCACUGGCAAAGGUGAUCAAUGACAGCUUUGGCAUUGCUGAGGGCCUCAUGACCACGGUGCAUGCGAUGACGGCCACGCAGCUCACAGUGGAUGGUCCAUCUCGUGGUGGAAAGGACUGGCGUGGUGGGCGCUGUGCUUCGGAGAACAUCAUUCCAUCUUCCACAGGAGCCGCCAAGGCAGUUGGCAAGGUCAUUCCGGCCAUGAAUGGCAAGCUGACGGGCAUGGCCUUCCGAGUACCGACUCCUGAUGUCUCGGUCGUGGAUUUGACCUGCCGCUUGGAGAAGCCAGCCACCAUGGAUGAGAUCACUGCGGCAAUCAAAAAAGCAGCUGAUGGCCCGAUGAAAGGCAUUUUGGGCUUCACUGAUCACGAGGUGGUGUCCACCGACUUUGUCACGUGUGCCUAUUCCUCGAUUUUUGACAAGACUGCCUGCAUCGCGCUCAACGACAAGUUCGUGAAGCUUGUGUCUUGGUAUGACAAUGAGUGGGGCUACUCCAACCGUUUGGUCGAUCUCGCAGUGCACAUGUCCCAGGUAGAUGGUGUCAUUCCACCUCCAGCCAAGAUUGAGAGCAUCAAGGCUCCGUUUGCCGAGUCUCUGGCAGAGGGGCAAUAUGCACAGUGCAAUGAUGCACGCGAGAUCUUUGAUUCGCGCGGAAACCCCACGGUCGAGGUCGACCUGGUCACGAACGACCAUUUGUUCCGCGCCGCCGUCCCGAGCGGAGCCUCCACGGGCAUCUACGAGGCCUUGGAGCUUCGAGAUGGAGACAGCAAGAGGUUACUUGGAAAAGGUGUGCUGAAGGCCGUCCAGAAUGUGAAUGAGAGAAUCGCACCAGCUCUCGUUGGCAUGGAUGUCACCAAGCAGAAGGAGAUUGACAAGAAGAUGGUAGAGCUGCUGGAUGGCACUCAGAAUGAUUGGGGUUGGUCCAAGUCCAGCCUCGGUGCCAAUGCGAUCCUGGCGGUCUCGAUGGCGGUGUGCCGCGCCGGGGCAGCUUCCAUGGAAAUGCCUUUAUACCAGUACUUGUCAUGCCUCUCUGGCAGACCCACUGAUAGCUAUGUCAUGCCAGUUCCGUCCUUCAAUGUCAUCAACGGUGGCAGCCAUGCUGGAAAUCGCUUGGCAUGCCAGGAAUUCAUGAUCCUCCCAGUGGGAGCCAAGUCCUUCAGAGAAGCGCUGUGCAUUGGUUGCGAGGUUUAUCACUCGUUGAAGAGCUGCAUCAAGAAGAAGUACGGACAGGAUGCCUGCAAUGUGGGCGAUGAGGGUGGAUUUGCGCCGUCAGUUCAGGACAACAACGAGGCGCUGGAUGUUCUCAUGGAUGCCAUUGAGAAGUCUGGACACAAAGACAAGGUGAAGAUUGGAACAGAUGUGGCUGCAUCUGAGUUCUACAAGGACAUCCGAGUGAAGUCGACGCGGACUGUUGAGCUGGGCUUUGGUCAUGCCUGGUUCGCCAAGUAUCCCUUCGUCUCGAUCGAGGACCCCUUUGACCAGGAUGACUGGGCAGCCUAUGCCGAGUUCAACAAGAAGUGUGGCAAGGAGAUCCGCUUGGACUUCGAUCAGACCUUGGGCUUCCCUGGGGAAGGGCCUUUCUUGGGUCAGAUCAAGACUGGCGCACCCUGCCGUAGCGAGCGUUUGGCGAAGUACAAUCAGCUGCUCCUUCGGAUUGAGGAAGAGCUCGGCACCAAGGCUUUUCAAGAUGCCUUUGCUCGGCAUCAGAUUCUACAUGUGCAGUCGAAGAAGAGAUCGGGCGAUGGGAGGCGGAUUGGACUUGCGACGCUGCGGCGGCUCUAUGGGGCACAUCCAGCAGUUCUCCGUCGAGCUUUCAGUCUGGAGAGCCGUGGCACCUUGCCGCCGCACGAGGAUCCCCUCGAGCAGCUCCUGGGCGCUCCCAGGGCACCUGGAGGUUCAUGGUAUGCUUCCUGCGUUUUGCAGCGCAGUCGACGUGCGCUAAGCGAGUUUCUCUCCCAAGCCUUACCCAAAGGAGUUCCUCACUUCUUGCAGAGGUCUCCAAAGAGCCUCGCCUCUAGAUGCCGCCCUCCAACGCACUCAGCAGCUGCCUGGGUCUUCUUUGGCAGGAAUGCCAGAGGCCGUGUCUUACGUGGUCGCCCCGAACACACGGAUGCGAUUCAGCACAGCGGCACCUGGCACGUGCAGCUCAAGGGUCAGAAGGUGUGGACUGUGCGUCCAACCACAGAGCUGCAGCGGCAGGCUCGUGCCUUGAAAGGAGCUGGCCCAGUGAAAAUCCGCUGCAAAGAAGGUGACGUGCUCUGCAUCAACACUAAGCUCUGGUGGCACCAAACGCACAUCCCCUCGAAGUGCCAGCUCUCGAUGAGUGUGGCUCGCGACAUGUACCUGGAUGGCACUCGCCCUGGUGCGUGCGAUAUGACCAAUGUCGAAGGUCACUAUGCUGUACAAGCCAUUCGAAAGGGCGCGGUGAUCUUUACCGAAGAUGAUGCUCCGGACUUGCAACUGCCGAGGAGCUCCGAAGCCAAUUGUGAGCUUCGGGAAAGCCAAGACGGUCGUCUAGUAGUUGCUGCCAAGCGCGCCAUUCGGAAGGGCGAGUGGUUUUCCGUCAGCGAGAGCGAGGAGGAAGCUGAGACUGAGGAGAGGGCGCACAAAAGGAGGCGUUGA